GCCCCGUUGACUCAUGGGAAAUGUAGUGCAGUUUUCUCCAGCAUGGCCGCGCCCAGUACUGCAAUGGACGGCAGCCUUCAAAGUAAUUACAAACUCAGUAAAACUGAGAAGAAGUUCUUAAGGAAACAGAUACAAGCCAGGCAUACUUUGCUGAGACAUGAAGGCAUUGAGACAGUAUCAUAUGCCACUCAGAGCCUGGUUGUUGCCAAUGGUGGUUUGGGUAAUGGUGUGAGUAGGAACCAACUGCUCCCAGUUUUAGAAAAAUGUGGACUGGUGGAUGCUCUGUUGAUGCCACCUAACAAGCCCUACUCAUUUGUAAGAUACAAAACUGCAGAAGAAUCCAAGAAAGCCUAUGUUACCCUCAAUGGAAAAGAAAUAGUGGAUGAUUUAGGACAAAAGAUCAUUCUGUACUUGAACUUUGUGGACAAAGCACAAUGGAAGAAGUUGGGGCCUCAAGCCUUACCUCCAGGCCUCAUGGUAGUAGAAGAAAUUAUUUCUUCUGAAGAUGAGGAAAUGCUUUUGAAAAGUGUUAAUUGGACAGAAAAUAAAAACAAUCAAAAUUUUCAAAAAUCCUUAAAGCACAGAAGAGUAAAGCAUUUUGGUUAUGAAUUCCACUAUGAGAACAACAGCAUAGAUAAAGAUAAGCCAUUACCUGGGGGUCUUCCUGAUAUUUGUGAUAGCAUUUUGGAGAAAUGGUUGAAGGAAGGUUACGUUAAACAUAAACCUGAUCAACUGACCGUAAAUCAGUAUGAACCAGGGCAUGGAAUUCCUGCUCAUAUUGACACACAUUCUGCUUUUGAGGAUGAGAUCAUUUCUCUCAGUUUGGGGUCCAAG